AUGACGAAGAGAUGUUUAGACGAUUUUGACCCUGAGAUUUCUUCAAAACUAACCCUGAGGACGGCCAGAGCUCAAAAAUCCAGUCUCAAAACAUGUCAAUAUCUCAGCCUGUCUAAAUACGAGAAAGUAGAUCAAAUCGUUGAAGCAAACCCAUUAGCCAAGGGCGAUACUUCAGCCCCAAGGUUACCGUGUUCAGAGAUCUUGAAGACUCAACCUGUUGAGCAGUUAAAGGAUAUGGGAGACACGAGUUUGCCUGAAGGUACAGUUGAGCCCGCAACUCCGUUAUCUGAGGUCAGGCAAGAGCCACACGAUCUACCUUCUCCUGCUUUGGAAUGGACCACAUGCGAUUUGAACUCUGAUGAUAUGUGUGCAGAGGUGUGCAACUUUCUCAAUCAACAUUAUGCUGAUGUCAAACAGUUGUUCAAGGAAAAUUAUACCAACGAGUUUCUAAGGUGGGCAUUGUGUCCACCUGGUUAUUACCAGAGCUGGCAUAUUGGAGUCCGUGCCAAGACCUCAAAGAAACUCGUUGCUUUCAUAAGUGGCGUGCCAGAGAGAAUUAGGGUUCAUGAUGAGGUUGUCAAAUUUGCAAAGAUAGAUAUCUUGUGUGUUCAGAAAAGUCUGAGGUCAACGGGAAUUGCUCAUGCCAUGAUCAAGGAGGUGACUAGAAGGGUUCACUUGGAGGAUAUAUGGCAAGCGGCUUAUAGCUUACCUAAUAUACGUGCUAAAAAACCAGUCACCACCAUCGUCUGCCAUUGCCAAUACUGGAUGAGAAUGUUGAACCCGCAGAAGCUAGUGGAUACUGGGUUUACAAGUUAUCGAAACAAAGAGCAAGUGAGGAGGUUCAACAAAGCUAACAAGUUACCAGAUGCAACGGUCACUCCUGGAUUUAGGGAAAUGGAACUACGUGAUGUCCCAGCUGUUACAGAGUUGCUCAGGAACUACCUUCGCGAGUUUCGAGUUGCGACUGACUUUGAUGAAAACGAUGUCAAGCACUGGCUCCUCCCCCGGGAAAAUGUCGUCCACUUCUACGUAGUAGAAUGCCCGGUAACUCAUGUUGUCACUGACUUCUGUAGCACCUUCACUGUCUCUUUAACUAUCGACGGUAACCUCAGACACAAGACAGUGGAAAUUGCUUAUUCUUACUACAAUGUCGCGACACAGACCCCGUUGCCCCAGCUGAUGAAAGAUGCGCUAAUCGUCUCUAAUCAAAAAGGCAUCGAUAGACAAGGAGAAAUUUGA